AGCAAAGGUCAUGACUCAUUAUAGCCGUAAGCCUUCCAAGGAAUGUUGUUUGACACCAGACUCCCCGAACUAAAGUAGGCUUUGAUGACAUGCAACUCAUAUCUGUAAUACUUGCCUUUGCACUUCAUUAUUUCACGUCAACUUCAUGAUGGAACAUUGUUCGUCAAAGCGUCCGUAUUUGUACAGACAGUAAGUGCGAUUCUAGUGUUGGAUUYCCAAAGCAUCUGUUACAAUUCUUUAACAGAUUUCUCGUCCAACUCGUCGUUGAACAAGAACUAAAACACAAACAUUUCCAGUAUUGGUCUUGUUGACUUAAGAAGAUACCGCCAAAAUUCGAAGACAUGAAACGGCGACUCUGGUAAUAUAGCUCCGAGAUACGAUGCACCCUUACUUGAUCGCCGUGUAUGUAGGUGUUAGUGUUGUGGUCAUAGUAUUGGUGGCUUAUGUUGCUUAUCGAGUGUACAACAGAUCAUCAACCUAUAGUAGGCUAGCCACGAAAAGCAAUGGAUUGACACCUCCCAGGAUCGUUCUGACGCCUUCAAGCCCUGGCAAAGCCGCAAAGAGGCUGUACUCACCCACGAAAACCAUGGAAAGAAACCAAGAAAGAGAAGAAAAACUGAAUAAACAAAGAAAAAGAGAAAGAAGAAAAGAUGUCAUGAGUAUGUGGUUACCGAAGAGAAAAGACACGUUACCCAUCACCAAGACAACUAUAGUACAACCUAUGCCUAUGGAAAUGGGACAGCAAAAUGGUGCUCCAAGAGGACGACUUACGUUUAGCAUGCAUUAUCAGUACAAAUACGAGUCCAACACAUCCGCAUUUGUCGUGAAGCUGUUGAACGCCUCAGAUCUACCUUCAAACGAUUCUGAACCACUCGAUGUGUUUGUCAAAACACAGUUGGUGCCAAGUCGAAAACAGCUUUUUAUUUCCAAGGUGAUCCGGCAAACCCUUCACCCCCUUUUUGCUGAGACUUACGAAUUUGAAAUUUCCUAUCAAGACCUGCAAACGCAAAAACUUCUUUUUCAAAUUAUGGAAUUYGACUGUCUUUCUCGUCAUGAUAUGCUUGGCGAGGUACGAGUGAAUUUAGCUGACCUGGGCACUCAUGGUUUUAAUAUUUUGCGAGAAGUAACAUUGUGUAUUAAUAUCACAAAGCCGCAUGGAGGUGAAGACGGUGAAUUUUAGCAGCGGUAGUGAUCAGCUGCCUUAUCGUAACGUUGUUAACGAACAGCAUAUAUAGUGAAGGAUGAAGUAUAGCGAAGGCGCAAUUGCGUCUUAUCAUUGGCACUCAUCGUUGCAAAGCAAAAAGAUAGACCGCGUACGUUGGUAAUAGGUGGAAUAAAUCCUAUUAGUCUAAAUCUACUUAUGGUCUAUCAUAAAUGCUGCGCCUCCGAUUGGCUUAACUGCRUACUAACUAGUAGUGAAAUGUGCCGGUUUUGAAAACCAAAACAACGCAAAAAAAAAACAACUCUAUUUCAACCUUAUUUCGAAAUAUUUUGUAUCCAUUUAUUUGACCGAUUAGUAGGUAUAUACUAAAGCAAUUAGACCUAUGGCCCUCAUAGUCUACAAGUCAAUAGCWCAUUCGGCCUCAUGGGCUAUUGACUCGUUGGACAUUUGGGCUUUGGUUUGGUUAUUAAAUAGUCUUGCCGUUGCUAGGUGCAGUUGGCAUCAACGAGCCUGCAGUGAUGUGAAUAUAACAAAACUAAACGUGAAACUGGUAUAUUGCUAAAGAUUGUUGUCGCGCGCCACAUCACUGUUUGCGGGAUACUAGGUUAAAGUACGAUUAGUCGAAAACGUCCAAGAAUAUUCACUGAAAUAAAGUUGAUGUAGGUAUACUUUUUUUGGAGUAGCAACAAAAGAGAAAAAUAUACACCAUGAUAUUUUGAUGGUGACAACCAUUGUAAAUAUUACUACUGAGAAUAGUUUUAAUUUUAAAAAGAUGGACUAAUCACGAAUAGAUAAGAUAGAAUACAAAGGGAUGAGAUGAGAUGAGAUGAGAUGACGCUACGCGUCGUGCUCCUCCUAUAACACUUCUCUCGUGUUCUGCCAGCCCMCGCGUGCUUUAUAWRUCCACACAGCACGUUCGCACGUUUUCUAUUYCUUCAAUGCAUGAUACAAMGGUUACACUGUAAUGGGAAGACAGGGGAUGAUGUCUGUUACAUAUUGUUAAUUCAAGGGCCUGGGGGAUGGCAAGCCAUGUCCCUUUCCCUGACCGAGAAUAUUGUUCUCAUUAAGAAAGUAAAAUAGCGAUGAAUGCAAUUCA